AUGCGCUCUAGGAGAAGCGCCUAAGAGGACUCUACCUUCUGCUGCAGGGAUCCAGGAGGGGGAGCCUUCGGAAUGGUCCAUUGGGGCUGUAGGGGUGCCUCGAGCAGCAUGUUGUGCGCAUGACCCACUCCCCAGCACCCCCUUCUCUUGACAAUAGAUGGCGUAGCCCUGCCUCCAGCUCCAGCGAGAUGCCUCCAGCUCGCCAGAGUCCAGAUUUACAACAGGAAGCGCCCAAAGAGAAAGAUUUCCGAACUCCUGGCCUCCGAGGGGCCCGAACUACUACUCUGUUCAGAGCGGUGAACCCAGAGCUUUUCAUUAAACCUAACAAAACAGUUAUGGCCUUUGGGCUCGUAACUCUUACUCUCUGUGUGGCCUAUAUUGGAUACCUGCAUGCUCAGCAAGAGAAUAAAAAGGAUCUUUAUGAAGCCAUUGACAGCGAGGGAAACAGACAAAUGAAGCGGAAGACUUCUAAAUGGGAUUGAAUGAACUGAGAACCAAUGUGUAGUCUGUACUUAUCAGUAUGUAAGGAGGCAAAAAAUGGAGUAUGUCUACAUAUUCUGAAGUGUGACUUUGGAUUCUCUGUGGGAGAAUCUGUGCAAUAAGUUUUGUGUGCAAUAAUGGGUGUUUCUUAUAAAAAUGUAAUCCAACUAAAUCAACAACAUGAAAUACUAUUGUUUUUAUAUACUCGAAAUAAAAGCCUGGACUAUUGACUAA